AAUACGAAGUCCACUCCGGCAAGUCUCUUUGUCGCAAAUGCUGUGUCAAUACCUCUGAUGCUUUAGGCUUUAGCUUGUACCUUGGAAGGAAUUUUUUCAUUUUCCCUAUCAUAAUUGUUGAUAUUUUUGACCUUAUAAAACAGAGCUAAAACUUAUCCAAGUAGCCGCCAUUUUUUCAAGGUUACUACGGUUCCAGGCCACCCUCCAAACUUUGCUAUACUCGUUUCCAGGUCUUUUCAGUCUGUGCGCUUGAAGAUCGUCUCUGUGAUGGAGAAAUGUUUAUUUUUUUUCUUUAUGCUCUAUCCAACGUGAAACCCUUCUGAAGCCAUGUCUCAUGCUGUCGAUACAGCUCUGAGAAUCGUCUUUCUCGGCAGCCAUGCUGAACCUUGCCUGAUGCAGGAGGUAGUUGCUAUUCCCAGGUUAAAAUCAGGGGAGAUACUUGGAAAGGUGCGCAUGGCUACAAUAUGUGGGUCUGAUUUGCAUACGAUCAGUGGUAGAAGAAAAGAAGCGACCCCCAGCAUUCUUGGACAUGAAGGUAUCAUAGAAGUGAUUGAUCACAUGCGUCCAGAUGCUGGCCUCAACAAGGGUGACAGGCUGACAUUUCAUGUCGUCAACUGUUGCAACAAGUGUGAAAACUGCAAAGACGGACUACAACAAAAAUGUGCAUCUUUGUUCAAGGACAAACGCAUUCUUGGACAUGAAGGUAUCAUAGAAGUGAUUGAUCACAUGCGUCCAGAUGCUGGCCUCAACAAGGGUGACAGGCUGACAUUUCAUGUCGUCAACUGUUGCAACAAGUGUGAAAACUGCAAAGAUGGACUACAACAAAAAUGUGCAUCUUUGUUCAAGUUUGAUCCUUUUUCAGGAGUACACAACUAUGGCCCAAAGCAUCUGGAUGGAGCGGUCGCCUUUUUGGCCAGAACCUGUAAUAAAUAUCCGUAUGAAGAACUGUUUAGUGAACCUUUCAAACUGACAGAUUUUGAGACAGCUUUAGAGCUCUCCAAACAGCAGAGAUUUUACAGAGUCUGUGUGGAGCCUUGAGUUUACCAAGGGUUCACUAGGAUUGACACGACUUUUUCUUUGGCUAUGUUCACACUGAGUGCGCGAGCAUGGUGCUUGAGUGUCAUUCUCGCUGGGCACGAAAUUGUGAACACACCUUUUUUCCAAGCAAUCAUACCAGAAUUCGGGUAUAAUACCCAUGCCCAGGUACAAGGUCUCGAACUUGUACUCAGGCACUAAAUGGUACUUGGGUUCUUGGAGUACCCAGUGUCUCAACACAACACUACUUUACACCGAUGCCCAGGCACCAGUGCUCGGGCACCAAGUGUGAACCCCGGGGGGUGGGUGCCCAUCAAGGCUGAAUACCCUAAGAGGUACUAAAACCGCUGUUUAACCCCUAAAAAGUACGACGAGCACCUCUGUGCUUUUUAUAUGGGAGUUCCC